UUUUGCAAAAAAAUUACGCCGCCAUUGCUAGGACAUUUAAAACGGCUUCGUUCUCUAAUUUUUUGGUGGAUUUAUGUAUUUUUCAAUUAUUAUGUAUUUUUUUAAUUAUUAAACAUUACACAAGCAAGUAUAGCGUCCCGUUUAUGCAAAAUCUUGGCCACAUUGGAGAUUGGUUAAUAGACAUCGGUUUUCCGCGUUACAAAUUUUGCAUCAAUUAUCGCUAAUCAAGUUUUUCCGGGGUUUACGUUUCAUAAAUUGUGUGUGGUGGUGCUGGUGCUGCUGCUGCUGUUCUGUUGUCGUCGUCUUCGUCGUUGAACACAAAUAAAUGGAAAACGGUAUGCGUGUGGAGUCUAGCGGUGGCGAUAGUGGGGGUGUCAGUGUAAAUGGUCAUCUGCACACUGAUAAUGCUGGCGACCAGCAUGGGAGUGCGGAAAAGACAACAUCGCGCCUAAGUGAAGCUGCCCAAAAGUAUAUGCAAGAGCUGUUGGUCGAACGUUCCAAAUUGGAGAAUACUUUCCCCUUGGCUGUGAAACUAAUCGAUGAAGCGCUGGAAAGGAUUCAAUUGAAUGGACGCAUACCGGCUAGAGAACAAUAUGCCGAUGUCUAUCAGCAACGUACCAUAAAACUAACCCAAAAGGUUCAUGUGCCUAUUAAGAAUAAGAAAUUUAAUUACGUCGGUAAGCUGUUGGGCCCCAAAGGCAACUCUGUGCGUCGCCUGCAGGAGGAGACCCAAUGUAAGAUUGUCAUAUUGGGCCGCUUCUCCAUGAAGGAUCGUGCCCGUGAAGAAGAACUACGUAAUUCGGCUGAUUUUAAGUAUGCCCACCUUAAUCUACCUUUACAUGUUGAAGUUUCUACUGUAGCACCACCGGCUGAGGCCUAUGCUCGCAUGGCAUAUGCCUUGGCAGAACUUAGACGUUACCUGAUUCCCGACAAACAUGAUGAUAUACGCCAAGAGCAAUUUCGUGAAUUAAUGGAGGAUCCAGAGGCUGCCAAGAAAAUAACAAUGCGUCAGCAAAGGCAGCAGCAGCAACAACAGCAGCAGCACCAUCAUCAACAGCAGCAACAUCAACCGGCUGGCCGGAGUGGCGGUGGUAAUGGCAUGGGGUCUCAUAGUGGUGGUGGAGGCGGAGGUGGUGGCGGUCCCAAUAAUAGUAAUAACAACAACGGUAGAUCAAAAUAUCAACCUCAAAACCAACACUAUCAUCACAAUGAUGAGACUGUCUACUAUAGACCACAUAAUUCGUACCACCAAAUGAAGCCUUAUGUGCCAGGUAAUCAACGUAUGCAUUCUGCAAUGCCACCACCAACUGCAACAAUUGUGGGUGCUUCACCAACUGGCCCAUUGCCGGUUGUCAAUGCUGCCAAUUACAGUGGGCGAGGGGGUCCUGGUAUGAAUCCUGGUCCACCAAUAGGUCUUAAUCCCAAUAUAGGCUAUCGGGCAUCACAAAUGCCCUCCUAUAAAUAUACAAAGAAAUAAUACUGCUACUAACACUACUACAACAGCUGCCGCCUUACAAAGCCAGACAAGCAGACAGACAGCCAACCAGCCAGCUGUAAAAAAAUAGGGUCUAUGUGUUUCAAACAAACCACAAUCACUAUGUUGACAAGUUAAAUGUUUUUUUUUUGUUUUUACAUUAAAUUUUAUUUUCUUGUAUUUUUUUAACAAUUGAUUUAUUGUUAUUUUUUUUUUUUUGAAUCAUUGAUGAUUAUGAUUUUAUUGUACGGUUCCUUCAUUGGUUUUUCUUUUCGUUAAAAUAGAAAUGUUAACUACCACCACCACCAAAACCCCUCAAACCCUACCCGGUACAUGAAGUGUGUACAUAAAGUAAUAUUUUUUAAAUGACAUACAUACAUAAAUAUUACAGAAAAAACAAAAACAAA